CACACUUCCUCCUCGAUCUCUUUCGGGGGAGAGCUCAUAUCUCUGGCGGUUUGCCGCAUGGAAAUCGCCCAGGCUAGAUUGAAUCUUCUCUCUCUGACUCGGACGGUCCUUUCUCCACUUGCCAUUCCGCGGCAGCGACAGCGGACUCAACGCCACAUGAGCCGGGAUACGCGCCGGGAUGUAACGGCAUCUAUCCGCUGACCGACUGUAAAAGGGAGAACCAGCAUCCCGGCAUCAUUCCAGCAGAGGGAAGAUAGGGGAGGGGAGAAUGUUUCUCACUCAGAUGUAACAACCACAGAAAGCAGGGAUCGCCAAGUGCGCAAAAGCCGCUGCUUGAGAACAUUUUUACGCACGGCGCUGCGCUCUCUUCCCAUUUAUUUAUAUUUUUGUCCCCUCUGCUCACUGCCCAGACAGCCCGGAGGUUGGAUGUGUAUAUGUGUGCGUGCGGUGGAGGGGACUUCCAGGGUGUGAAGUCCCUAUUUUUGCCAAGCAACCCACCUGGAAGCCUGAAACUGAGAAAAUCAGUCGCCCUGCUGGAAUAAUAACAACCUAGUCCAAAGCGUGACCCAAGGGGGGGAUGCUGCUGCUGCAGCAGAAGAGUUUGGGACUCUAAAUAGCUUCCCCAACUUUUUUUCCCUGGUUCCGUUUCUAAUCUGUUUUCCUCUGAUCAUCUUCGCCUUUGGGACUUUCUGUUUGAUUUCCAGCUCCUCGGAAUCGGUCAUGGACCGCUCCACGUCUUUGGAUAUAGAAGCGCUCAAGAUGACCCAGGAGCAGUACAUCCUUGCAGCCCAGCCAAACCCCCUCCACCAGCGAGGGGCGUCAGAGUGCAGUGCCCAAGUUUACCCAGCAGUCGGCAUCUACGGGUGGAGGAAGAGAUGUUUGUACUUCUUCAUCCUCCUCCUACUUGUCACAAUGAUUGUCAACCUGGCACUUACCAUCUGGAUUCUCAAAGUCAUGAACUUCACUCCGAAUGGUAUGGGGAACCUACGGGUGACCGAAGAAGGAAUCCGACUGGAGGGGGUGUCUGAAUUCUUUUUGCCAUUGUACGUCAAAGAGAUCCAGUCAAGAAGGGACAGUCCACUGAUUCUUCAAUCAGACAGAAAUGUGACCAUCAAUGCUAGAAAUGAUCAGGGACAACUUACUGGUCAGCUCACAGUGGGUUCAGAAAUUGUCGAGGCGCAGUGUCAAAGGUUUGAAGUGAAGAGUGCUGAUGGCGAGAGAGUUCUGUUUUCCGCAGAUGAGGAAGAGGUCAGCAUCGGUACUGAGAAACUUAGGGUCACAGGAGACGAAGGGGUGGUGUUUAGCCAUUCUGUGGAGACUUCACAUAUAAGGGCAGAGCCAUUUCAGGAUCUAAAACUAGAGUCCCCAACUCGGACCCUGACGCUAGAAGCUCCCAGGGGGGUAGAGGUCAGUGCUGGAGUGGGAGACUUCACAGCUUCCUGUAGGAAAGACCUCCUCUUGCAGUCUUCAGAUGGAGAGAUCUUUCUAGAUGCCAACACGAUCAAGCUGGGCAACAUUCCCCUUGGUAGUGCUGUAGACCCACUGGAAGGGGCACCUCCAGGCACCACCUACACCAAACAAACUGUAUACGAGCUCUGUGCCUGUGCUAAUGGCAAGCUCUACUUGUCCCCAGCUGAGGAAGGCGCUACCUGCCAAACCACUAGUAACUUUUGUCUCUGGAGUUGAAAAUUAGAGGCUCACAAACACACAGGACAUAUGGACUAACAAGCUUGAAGCUGAUGCUAGCCAACAGACCACUAAAUAAAGGAAUACGUGUUGGAUUGAACCUGACAACAGCUAAAGGUCAGUAUCAACGAGGACUGAAGCAUGACGAGAAGUUCCCGCAUGUUCAGCAACUAAGUAAUGUGGACUAGAGUUUGGCAGGAAGGUGGUGGUUGCCAAAAACAGAAUCAACAAGGACUGGGAUAUGAAGUCACCACCAGAGUGAAGAAACAUGGAAAAGAGCCUGUGUGAGACCGGUGCCAGCAGCAAACAAAUCAAAUUAAUAUGGAUUGGUCUGCGGCCAACGCUAGUAACAAGGAUGGAUAACUUGGCAAGACACAAAAGAUGGUUUUUAUACUGAGACCACUCAUGGACAUAAAAGGGCAGUCUAAGGCUUGGGCCUUUGUUGGCUGUCUCUUCCUUCUGCAUUUGCAGCAUGGAUAGACUCUAAGGGUCCUGAGGAUUAUUCAUGGGAUUUGCAUUGUGUGUUCACUGUUUGACCAAAAUAUUAAGAACAAAACCAAGCUUUUGUUUUUUUUUUGCUGGAUAAACAGAAGUAAUUAAGGACUGCAAAUACCACCGGGGGAGGUAGAUAUGUGCUCCUGGUUAACAUAUCAGUUGGCUAUGGUGAGAAACAUGAGUGAAAAUGUUGGCUCAGCCCAAUGGGUAGCUAAUAAAAUCUAAUCAGACAAUGAUUUUGUCUUAUGGGAAGCUAAAGACUACCCAAUGGACCAAUCUAUACCAGAAAGGCCUUCCCCCUAUACCCAUCCCUCUCAGUCUUUCAACCCAACAUUGAUACGUGAACCUUUUGCAUUAGUGUACAAAAAAUGGUAACAAUGUUCUCCAAUCCCACUUUUCCACUGAAUAACAAAAGCAAAUAAUUGCGCUUUCAACCUUGCAUCCACCAACAUUCUUCCUCAUAUAUUUUCAUCUUUCUAAUAGUCACUUUUAUUUAUUUCCAUUGGUUUUCUUACCCUGAAUCACAUAUUUUGCUUGUUAUCCUCUUGUCAUCCUUUCAAAGCCUAUGUUCUCACUUAUCUAUCCAUAUUUUGCUUCAGCGCUCUUUUAUCUCUGUCCAACUUGGUAUCUUCUAUUUUUCAAACUCCACUUGACUGCUAAAGGUCAUCGUUCUUGUAUGUUAACUUUUAGCAUAUUAUGAAUAAUAGGAAAAAAGUUAUCUCUUUGCAAGUGAAUCAGUUGUACUAUAAACCCGUGACCUCAAAGUUGAAUACUUUGCAAUAUUCUCUUUUUCUCCCUCUCUUUUUCUACAUACAAUGAAUCUAGAAACAUCUUGUGGGUAAAUAAUCGAUUGAAUUAAAUGAAAAAGAAAGACAAAUGAUCAUUUUGGAUUAAACUGAAGUUCACAUGGGUGCUAUGCCAGAAAAGAUUUGUUUGUUUGUUGUUUUUAAUUCAAACUUUCAGUCAGAGAGGGGAUGAUUCAACCAGUGGCAGACAAGGCUUAGUCAUGUUAAUGACAAUUAAAUAUGUUCAUCUUGUGUUUUUAAUCUGCAAGACUUAUUUCAUACUAUUUGAGAAACCUUUGGCUGUUUUUGUCAAGUCUUUCUUCCUGGAUUUCCCUAAUGAGGAACAAUAAAGAAUAUUUCAAUUCUAUUCUAUUCUUCCUUAUCACUUUCAUUGUUCAGUGAGCUCAGUUUUAUAAUCUUUAUUUGGCUUGCCUUUAUCUGCAGGAUAUCUACUCUGCUCCCCCUUCAGUAUAUUCUUUUUUUCAUCAGUAAGGAAUCAUCUAGUCUUUUUAUCACAUCUUUUAUCUUUUACCUAUCAAUCAUUCAAUGACAUGUCUUGAUAUUGUUUUCCCCAACCUAUUUCUUGUAUGUUCAUUCAUUACUCUCCUUUUGACAUCCCACGCUUUAAUAUCAGGCAAUCUGAUUACUUUUUAAAAUGCCAAAAUCCUUUUCAAAAGUUGUGGAUGUAACACAGGCGAAGCUGUAAAGCUAAAAAAAAAAAAACCUUAGCAUUCAGGGUCAGCAUGACUGGUUUCCAGCUGACUAACCUUGCAGCCAUCAUUUGCAAUAGCUGAAAAUUAUAGCUAAUAAACUUUCAUGUGUGCAGGAUGAAAAACCUAAGGAAAGUAAGUGUGGAUGCCGUGCGUGUGGAUGCCGUGCGUGUGUGUGCGCGCGCGUG